AACGUUAGCCACGCGUAGUCUGUCGGUAGAAAGGCUAUUUAGUAACUUUAUUUUACCUGACAUGGUAUUAACAUUUUAUUAAACGUUUAUUCGUGCUACAGCGCCUUUGGGGUGUAUGGAUGGUGUGACGUGUCGCUGAAAUCCAGGUAACGUUGCCACAAUGCCACUGCAUGGGAAAAUAGUCGUGAUUAAACGGAGUGGAGGAGAUGGAACGGAAUUUCCUCUCAGUACGUCGUGCUUAUUUGGAAGGAAGCCUGACUGUGAUAUUCGUAUUCAGAUUGCUCACGUCUCUAAAGAGCACUGCCGCAUUGACUUGAAUGAAAAUAAAGAGGUUAUUUUAACAAAUCUGAGCUCGGUGAACCCGACCCGUGUCAACGGAGAGGCUUUACAACAGUCUGAGCGCUUGAAGCAUGGAGAUGUUAUAACCAUUGUUGACCGUUCUUUCAGGUUUGAGUACCCCCCAGGGCCAACACCAAAGAAAUUGGCCAAAGAAGGCAAAACUGAAACUCCCAAACCUCAUCUGCAAGAUGGAACCAAUCACAACAUCCAGCGAUCGCUGGAGGACAACAUGGAGGCUGAUGACACGGAACCAAGCAAGACAGUGUCCCCUUUUAGUGAUCUCUAUCAAAUGAUCAGAAAAUCUUUGGACGUCAAGACCCCUCAGAAGUCUUCUGGCAACAACAUCCAGAUGCCAACAAGCAAAACCAAGGAACAUGUUUCCACAAAAGACACACCAAAAACAGGCAAGGUUGGUGCUGGAGAUGCAGCAGAGGCUGUCACCCCAAAAUCUUACAAGAAGAGGAGGAAUUCCUCCCAGAUUCUUGCAUCUGACACAGCAGCCACUCCAGAAAAUGUAAAAUCUGAAGUAGCCUCGCCACAGACAAGGCAGCGUACAACUCCUCGGAGGUAUUCUGCCAGUGAGGUUAUCGAGCAAAUUUGUACUCCAACACUGAGGUCGCCUAUGAGACGGAGGAGCAAGGAGGCCACACCAGCCAAGGACCAGGAGGAAGUAAUGCAGAGUCCCAACACGGACUUGGCAGGAGUCACCGGAAAUGAGCCGAAACCAUGUGGAAGUGCAGACCUUGUCAUGAAGAAGAAGCGUGUUUCUUUCGGCGGUUACCUAGUUCCUGAAUUUUUUGACAAAAAAUUACCCCCUGAUUCGCCAUUACGCAAAGGAGACACCCCAAGGAGAAGCCUUUGUCUGUCCAAACCCAAACAGUCACUGCUUAGACGGGCAUCAGUCAUUGGCCUUGAAAAUGUGGCUGAUGUGAUUGGAUCACCUAAAGCUUCUGGUAAGAAAUCCCCAAAAGGAAAGUCCCCAUCUCCAGGAAAGAAGACUCCAAAACUGAGCACACCUUCUCCUAAUCAGAAAUCACCAAAAUCUACCUCAGUCUCUCCAAAGGGGCACUCAUCAGGAAAGAAGUCCCCCAAAUCAAAGAAGCCUUCUCCCAAGGUGCCAAAAUCUAUACCAGUCUCUCCCAAGGGGGCAUCUCCUGGAAAGAAGUCACCAAAAGCCAUCACACCCUCUGCAAAGGCCUCGCCACCUUCAGAGAAAUCACCUAAAUCUAAAUCCUCUUCCCCAAAAGAUUCAGGAAACAUGUCACUGAAAUCCCGUAAACCGAGGAGAGCAUCUUCCUCCAUUAACAAACUGGAAACUCCAACCACCAAGAAGAGAACAUCCCUCAGGCCUACCCCUCAGGAAAAUGUCAUCGAAACACCUAAAGCCAAAACCCCCUUGGGCUCCCAAAUGCAAGUAUCUUCCGUGCAAGGGCGCUUUUCUGUGUCACGUAUCAAAACCCCUUCGCCAAUCGCAGAAGACUGCAUCACAACGCUGUCGCCCACGGUUACACCCAAAAUCCCGCUGAGAAGGAAGAGCUUGAAGAGCACGUCCCGCAAGACUCCCAGUUUGGCAAGGAGUGCUGCCAAAGUUAUGCUCAGACGAAGUGGCAUUUCACGGGCAUCAAUGAAAGUCAUGAGUGCUUGGGCGGACACUGUCAAGUUUGGGCAGCCUAAGGUCCCAGCGGUUGCACCAGCUAAAAAUGUAGUGAAAGGUACUUCAAAAGCUCGGAAGGUCAUGAAUGUAUCCAAACUACAGACCCCUGUGAGAAAGCCUCUGGGCCAUGUGAGCACUGGACAUGCAAAUUCACCCGUUACCAUCAUUGUGGGCCGAGCUGUCAAGCAGAAAAUCAUCCUCCCUGCUGCUGCUGCACCAAAAGUGAUCUUCAGUGCAGCAAUCUCAAAGAAAGACCUGAAAAUGGAUGAAGAUUUGACUGGCGUUUCUGAAAUGUUUAAAACACCUGUGAAUGAAAGAAAGAUGUCUCAACAAGACAAGAGUGUUGCCAAUAAGACACCAGUGGGAGUUGUGGAGCCUGCUGUGCUAGAGCCUUCCUUGUUGAACACCCCUGAGGAGCCAGGUGAAAUGAUGGUAUCGCCACUCACUGCUGCAUCGACUGUGAAAGCAGGCAGAUACAACAAAGAGGCAGUGAAACGCCUCCUUAAUGAUGACGAAGAAUCCAGCUUCAUUUGUGACACCUCUACUCUGAAGACUAUUUACAAUCCUAGUGAACAGCAGUGCACAAAAAUGGAGACCAGCUCUGUAGCAACUCCUAAACAGAAGCCCCAACUGCCAGAGAGUCUAACUGGAGUGAAGAGGAUCAUGAAGACCCCAAGACAGAAUGCUGAGCCUGUGGAGGACCUCAGAGGAAGACUUCUGAAAACGCCCAAACAGAAACCUGAGCAGCAAGAGUGCCUCACUGGAGUGAAGAGAAUCAUGAAGACUCCUAAACUUAAGCAUGAACCUGUGGAGGACCUGAGAGGAAAACUUCUGAAAACACCUAAACAGAAACAUGAGCAGCAAGAGUGCCUCACCGGAGUGAAGAGGAUCAUGAAGACCCCUAAACUUAAGCAUGAACCUGUGGAGGACCUGAGAGGAAAACUUCUGAAAACACCUAAACAGAAACAUGAGCAGCAACAAUGCCUCACCGGAGUGAAGAGGAUCAUGAGGAUCCCCAGACAAAAGACUGAGCCCAUCGAGGAUCUGAGAGGGAAACUUCAGAAAACUCCCCGUCAGAAGUCUGAAGUGGCUGAUGUUUCUUUUAGUGGUCUUGCUGAUCUGCUGGAGACACCAGUUAAAAAAUCACAACCCGCGGAAGCCAACACAGAAACUCAAAAGGUUGACAUCAUCCCAGUGGACUGUUUCUCAGAUGUCAAGAGAAUGACGAAAACACCCAAGCAGAGAAGUGCUCCAGUUGAAGACAUGCUCGGUAUUGAGAGACUCAUGAAAACUCCCAAAGAGCGAAGUCAACCAGUAGAGGAGAACUUUGGUAUCAAGAGACUCAUGAAGUCACCCAAACUGAGGGGUAAUGCACCUGUGGAGGACUUUGAGGGACUUCAAGAUCUUAUGGAGGAGCCAUUACCAGACCCCAUAAAGCAGCCGGAAACAGCCAUGCUUGGAGAUCAAACAACUGUUAGCAGUGGCUUGGACAUGGCAAAAGAACGCAGUUUUGCUGCCGAACAACCACAGAGUGACAGUGGGUCAUCAGAAAUUGACAUCUCAAAAGGCGAGACAACUAAAGUUUUGGUGGAGGUGCCCAGCGAUUCUUGCGAGCCGUCAGAUGCUAAAGAAGUUAUUUGUCAAGCUGUGGUCAAAGAAGAGGCACCAGUAGUGAGAGAAACUGCUACUAUGCACUCCGCCACUUCCAAGAAACCUAUUCGAGGUAGAAGGGCCAAAACGGUGGAAUCCAAAGCAGAUAAUGAUAAACAGGAGAUGGUAGAACCUUCUCAAGAUCCUGUUCCUGUCAGAGGAAGACGAGGUCGGAAAGCUGAGCCUACUGAACCUACCAGGGAUGUUGUUGAGCCUGCACGGGAAGAAGCAAGAGUUGCCCCUAAGCCUAAACGAGGAAGAGGUGCCAUAAAGGUUUCUAAACAAAUUGAAACUGUCGAAGAAGCUGCUGCCGAAUCUUUGCCGGAGCCUGAGAGCAGAGAGAGUGGAGGUGAUGCGCCCUUGGAAAAAGAGGCUAUGAAGCCUAAGCGAGGCCGAAAACCCAAACAACUAUCUCUGCAGUCCAAACAUGAUGAUGUUGCCCAAGAAGGCGAUGGUGACAAGCUUGAGCUGACGUCAAGUAAACACGAUCAAAAUAUGCCGUCUGAAGUGGAUGUGGCAGCGGAGAAAGAUGUCACGAUUGUACAGAAGUCUGUUCGUGGGAGAAAAGGCAAAUUAGUAGAGAAAUCCAGAGCAGCGGAGGAUAAGCAAGAGGCAGCUUGUGAAGAAGCCGUUGUCUCUGCUCCAGUCAGACCAAGAAGAGGCAAGAGGACUGAAGUAACUGUACCACCUGCAGGCCGGCAAACUACCAGAAGCACAAAGGCCAAAGAAGACUCUUCUGUUGCUCAACCGAAAAUAGUUGAAAAUAUGGAGCCUGUGACUUCAGCUGAUAGUGUGAAUAAUGUAACUGCAUCUACCACUGGCCAAGAAGAGGUCAAGGAGCCUGCAGAGGAAUCUCUGGUGAAGCCGAGUCGGGACAGAAAAGCCAAGCAAGAAGCAAAGCCCCAGGAUCCAGUUAAAAAAUCAAGGAGUAGCAGAAAAGGCGGGGAACCACUUGUUUCUGAAUUAGAGAACAUAAGUCCGCAAGAUCCUGCGGUUGCUAGAACUAGACAUGUCGGCGUUAGGAAAACAAAGCAAGAAGCAGCAAACGUCACUUCUGAUGAAUCCAUAGAGAACCAAGAUGGUCCAAUUGAGAUGCCAACAGAAAAACCUAAACGGAGCAGAAGAGCAAAACAAGUUGAAGAUGUUGGCACCUCAGAAGUGCCAGAGGAAAUGCCUGCGCAGAAGCCGCAAAGGGGAAGAGGAGUGAAAACCAAUUUGAAAGAUGACAUUUCACAAGUUGUUCCAGCCAAGAGAGCACGACGUGGGGCUGCUGUCACCGGUAAGGAGGCCAAAAAAGUAGAAGCACUCGUCACAGUUCCAAAGUUGGCUCCAGCAUCAGUUGAACCAGUCAAACGGGGAAGACUGGCAGCAGCCAAAGCCUCAUCAGAGUCAAAUGCCACAGACUAUUCAAAUGAUGUCAUUGCGGAACAUGCAAAAACAUCCCAGAGAUCAGUGAGGUGGAAAAUGGAGGUAGAAGUCCACGAGAUUCCAAAAGCCACACCUGUGAAGGCGGUACGAGGCAGGAAGUCUAGGCUUGCUGAUGAAGCUGAACCUCAGCCUGCCAAGAGAACCAGGCGAGGGGCAAAGGCUGCAAACGAAGCAGAGUCCACCAACAAAGCUGAAGAGACUCUGCCAAAAACCAGAAGAGGAAGACCAGCAAAGAAAUGAACUUUGUAUAUAGUCAAUGAUCAUGAGAUGUUUUUUGUAUUUACUAGUCUUUUUAGAUUAUGCCUUUUUUUUUUUUAAUUAUUGAUAUAAAAAAAAAAACAUAAGCACUGCUUGUUCAUUUUUACAGCAGGGAUUCUUAUCCAGUUAUUUUGUGUUUUGUAUUUUAUUAAUUAUGCAUUUUCAUUCUUUUUUUAUGGUGAGGAAAGAAAUUACAUUUCUGUACAAUUGGAAGCAUUUGUGAGUGUUUCUUGAAUUUGUAUUCUAUAAUUUUCUUACAUUUGAUGGGUAAUUACAAAUUGACAUUUUGGAAAGCCUUUCCCCUCUUUAAUUGCUGCAUUAUGAGAAUUUUGUAUGAAAAAUACCUUUAAAAUAUAUUUUUAUCAUUUCUAGGAAGCAAUGUUUUUAUUUUUUAUAUUGUUCCUGGUUAU